ACAAGCGGUGCCCCCUGACCUUUGUCCCGCCACCGGGCUCAUGGAGGCGCCCGAGCCACCGCAGGCCGCCGAGGAGGACGGGGAUUUCGGCUACAAGUUGUUCCCCGACCGGCACAAGGCGCCGCAGCAGUCCCUCAGCCUGAGCAUUUUGCAGGACCAUAACCGGUGCCGCAUGCGGCUGCAGCUCGCGCUCGAGACCAGUCCAUACGCUAAGCUGCUUCUUGAUGCUAUGAAGCAGUCUGGCUGCAUUGCUUUCAAAGAUCGGCAUUUUGCAUGUGAGACCUGUGAUGGCCUUGCCGUUGGAGGCUUUGAUGCUGCUACCUCACAGAUUGUUUUGUGUCAGAACAGUAUUCACCGUCAGUCUCUUAUGAACCGAGUGGUUACACAUGAACUGAUUCAUGCUUUUGAUCACUGUCGUGCCCAUGUUAAUUGGUUAAGCAAUGUGAAACAUCUAGCCUGUUCAGAGAUUCGAGCUGCUAACCUCAGUGGAGAUUGCUCACUAAUGAAUGAAAUAGCCAGAUUUAAAUUUGGAUUAAAAGGGCAUCAUCAGACCUGUGUACGAGACAGAGCUGUUCGUUCCAUUUUGGCUGUUAGGAAAGUCAGCAAAGAAACAGCAGAAAAAGCCGUGGAUGAAGUUUUUGACACCUGUUUCAAUGAUCAGGAACCAUUUGGAAGAAUACCACACAAUAAAAAAGACGCAAAAUACGCUCACAAGGAUUUUCAGAACAGAGACCAAUAUUAUGCAAAUAUUUAAAAGACUGUUAAUCUCUUGGUUGUAAUACUGGAAACGGAACGCAGGCAUCUUGUGCUGAUGGAGAGGGAAAAUAAAAUUACUCACGACUUUGUAUCAUCUCCUUGCCCAAGAGCCAAGUUUCACUGGUGUUUGAGAGAUGAUCAGAGCUGUGAACCAUGGAUUCCUCAUCUAGUUUUUGGUGUUUCAGUAUUUCAAAAGACUUAACAGGAAUUUUUAAACUACACAUUUUGGUGCAUAUGUAAAUUUGUUUUGGACCAACCAAGAAUUCAUUUUCAAAAUGUUUGUCUUAUGCCAUUACUGAAUAAACUGAUAUCUUAAAGCCUU